CGUCAUUCAGUGAGGAACAGCAGCGCGGCGGACGCAGUGGCACCACCGUGGGCGGCGACACCAUCACCAGCAAUAGAGUAGGAGCGAUAGGAUUAGGCAUGACAGAUUGUUCCCCAAAGAUCGGGAAGAUAUUCAUCGGAGGCUUGUCCUACGAAACCACGGACGAGAAACUCCGGUCGUAUUUUGGCGCGUACGGGACAGUGACCGACGCCGUCGUGAUGAAGGACCCGAUCUCCCGGCGGUCACGCGGGUUUGGAUUCAUCACGUAUGCAGAUCCAAGCUGCGUCGACAGAGCGUUGGCGCAACCGAAUCACGUGCUAGACAGUCGAAGGGUUGAGGCCAAGCGCGCAGUCCCUCGUGCCGAGAGCGCGCGUGACACAAGUAGUGCCACGUCGUCCAGGGGCGGCCCACCGAGUGCAUCGUCGUCGAGUGGUGGCAUGCCUGGGUCGUUGAAUAGUUCAGGCGUCGGUAGUGGCGCCGCAACGAAGAAGAUAUUUGUGGGUGGAUUGCACUACGAGACGAAAGACGCCGAGUUCAAAAAGUACUUUUCACAGUAUGGCAAGGUCGUGAGUGCCGAGGUGAUGUUCAACCGCGAGACGAACAAGUCGCGUGGGUUUGGCUUUGUCAUUUUCGAAAGUGAACACAGCGUCGACCUGGUGCUGCAGGACUGUGGCCAUGUUCUCGACGGCAAGUCGGUCGAGGUGAAGCGUGCAGUUCCACGAACGGAUGCCCCACCGGGGGCUCCCUCCGGUCCGGCAACGACCCGUACACAUCUUGGAUCAUCCACAAGGGGCUCGUUCAGCGAUGAUCUCUCAUCUACGCCCAAGCACUUGCUCAGUCCGCGUUCCAACCCGCCCGUGUCCCCAGCCAGUCGAUGCAGUCCCUCCCUCGCGCCCGUCGCUGGUGCGUCGUCUUCAACAUUUGGAGGGUAUGCUGCGGCCGUACGAUAUGGCGGCGGUCGCGUGACCUCGCUGCCAUCGUCGUCCCCAGUUCCCUGUGGACUUGACGCGAGCCUCGAUCAGCUGCACAUUGACUCGGCCCACCUGCUUCAGCAUCCCCAACACUUGGCGCACCGCCAGAGCCCAGACCAAAGCCGACUGUUUCGAUCACACGAUGGUGGGUCGACGCCAGCAUACCCCCCGCCGUACUUGUCCCAGCACGAUUACGUUGACCAGUCGAUCCCGCCGCAGUGGCAGUCCCGCCACCAACAACCCCAACCUUGGCAACAGCACCACCAACAACACCAUCCGCAACAAGGAUGGUCUACAGAGAACCACCCGACUCCAGGACUGCGCCAGCCGUCGGAGCACAGCCGCCACGCCACUGUGUUUGGGAUGUUUACACCUCACCAACCCACCGCUGCGUCGUCCAACCCUCCGCCAAGGUGGGAUUCGUCGUACGGAUCCAGCGAUGGGUUCCAGUUUGGUCUGGGCGGGUUUGCCGGCAGGGCAGGUAUGUCCUCUGAUGGGUUUGAGUAUGGUGCGCGUCCUCCGACGUCGUCGUCGUUGGUCGGUCUUGGUAUCGAAGGGGAGGACGACCUCCCGCUGCGGUUUGGCGACCCGUCGUACCUUGGCAUCGACCAAGACGUGGACGACAGACCACAGCCACCACCCUCGACCAAUGGCCCCACCCCCCAGUACUUGUACAGACACAGCGAAGACGACUCGGAUAGCGGACGCUAUUAUCCUCAGUACAGAUAAGCGGCGACGGCACGAAUAGUAGAUUCAGGAAGGUAGACACGAACUAGGUAAACACGCGUAAUGAAAGCCACCAGCGCGCUUUCGAGUCGAGCCCG